AUCAUGCCCGUCGCAGUCCUGUUAUAUCUUGCGUCGUAUAUUGACAGGGCAAAUAUCGGCAACGCGAAAGUCUUUGGUCUCGCCUCGUCGCUCCGUUUAACAGACAACCAGUACAACUGGGCGCUCUCGAUAUUCUUCAUCGGUUAUGUGGUUUUCGAAACGCCAUCUAACAUUAUACUUAAACGUAUAAGCCCUCGAUGGUACAUUCCUUCCAUAACGGUGCUGUGGGGAUUGUGCUGUGCUCUCAUCUCGCGCGUACAUACUUCGUCUGGAUUGCUGGCGGCGCGCUUUUUCCUUGGACUUAUUGAAGCAGGAUUCAUCCCGGGUAUCGUGUACUGGUUGAGUUGCUGGUACCCACGACACAUAGUGGGUCGGCGCUUUGCCGUUCUCUAUUCAUCCGUCUCCCUAACUGGGGCAUUCGGCGGACUGCUCGCUACCGCGAUUCAUGCCUUGGACGGCACCCAUGGCAUAGCAGGCUGGCGGUAUGUCUCGCUC